GAGUCGCCGCGGUGGAAAUGGAAGCAGAACGGGAAGCUGAAGGUUUAAACGGCGUCAAAGUGUGAAGACGGGCUUCCUCGGGGCGACGCCGCGACCCGCCAGGGCAGAGAGCAGGCCGCCCGCCCGCCCGCCCGCCAUGGUGCAGUAAAUAGGACACAGCAGUUGGGAAGGACAGGAGGACAUCUGUUGUCCAGAUGAAGUGCCUGCUGAUAGCCAGCGAGAGCGCGGAGGUUCUCUUCUAUUGGACCGACCUAGAAUUUCAACAGAGUAUCCAGGAGCAGUAUGGGGCGUCCCAAGAGGAGGACCAGAGGCCUCCGGCUUUCGAGGACAGCAUCAACACCCUGUUUGCUCCCAUCAUCAUCUCCUGCAGUACCAUGGUGGACAGACUGGGUGACAGCUACGCCUGCUUCACCACAGAAAACAACCACACCUACGUACUACACCAGUUUGACGAGUGUCUGUACAUAGCUGUGAAUGGAGAUGGCGAUGAAGAAGAGGAUGAUCUCAGGAGAAAGAUUUACGUGUUGAAGAAGAUGAUUGAAGUCCACUUUGGCAUGGUCACCCUCAGCAGUCACCUCAUUAGGAAACAACUGCGUCCUCAGGACACAGAGCAGAGGAUGAGAUUGUGGAAACAUCUCCAGGGCCUGCUGGAGACAUACAGCCACCUCCGUGAAAAUGACCAGAGCAUCCUAGUGGAGGCGGUGGAGAGGUUGAUACACCCCACAUUAUGUGAGCAGUGUAUUGAGUUUCUGGAACGCCGCCUUGUGCAGCAGCUCAACAGGAGCAUGGAGAGAGCUGGAGAGGAAGUGCUGCACGCCUUCAUCCUGGUGCACACCAAACUGCUGGCCUUCUACUCCAGUCAGAACGCAAGCUCACUUUCCACGUCAGACCUGCUGGCUCUCAUCGUCAUGGCACAGAAUAUGUACCCCAGUAACACAGAGCUGGACGACACAAGCCCCGAGGAUGUGGAAAGUACCUCCGGCUCGGGUCCCGAUGUCUUCUACACCCCGGAGCCCUCCCCAACAGACAGAGAUUCAAGCGGCUCCGAAAGGCCAGAGAGAGGCAGCGGUUCCCUGUUUGAGUUCGUGGAUCCAGACGUACAGAUGGCGGAGGACAGUUUGCAGACUCUGGAAGUCCCGCCUCCCGACCCGUCGACCCCACGCCGGGUAUUCUUAGACGUUUCUCUCAAGGAGGGCCUGUAUCCCAUGAUGCCUCACUCCAUGUACUGCUUACCACUCUGGCCUGGGAUCACGCUAGUGCUUCUCACUAAGAUUCCGAACAGCGGUUUGGCCAUGUCGGUGUAUGCCUUCCUGGAGGCCUUUGCCAAGCUGGAGAGACGUCUGAGUGAAAGCCCUGAGGGUUCGGCUGCCGCCAGAGGCCAGCCCGCUGUCCAUGACCUCCGCAGCAAGCUGGACAAGUUCGUCAAAGCCCUCGUCCCCAGAGACAUACAGACCUCUCAGCUGCAGAAUGUAUGGACGGAGUUUAAGAACCGUGCCUUUGCCAAAGGAGGACCCGGGUUCAACAAAGAACUGAUCCCAUGGUGUAAGAGUAUGAAGACCCAGCUAUGUGGCGUGUACAGACAGUGUUUCAUCACCGAGAGCUCUGGAGGCGCAGAGAGUCACCAGUACCUCUCCCCGAGUCUACAAGAACGAGCUCAGACCCUGGUACAGGAGAAGCUGAUGGACUGGAAGGACUUCCUAUUGGUGAAGAGCAAGAGGAAUAUUACGAUGGUGUCUUACCUGGAGGAUUUCCCUGGUCUCAUCCAUUUCAUCUGUGUGGACCGCUCCACCGGCCAAAUGAUUGCCCCCUCGCUCAAUGUCACAGACCGCACGUCCACUGAGCUCGGAAAGGGGCAGCUGGCGCAGUUCAUCAAGAACAAGGUCUGGGCGCUAGUCAGCACGACACGCCGAUAUGUCCAGAAGGGUUACUCCACCGUAACGCUGCGAGACGGAGACUUCUACUUCUGCUACUUCCUCUGGUUUGAAAAUGAAACUGGCUACAAGUUAGAGGCGCUGGAGCUGCCCAUUCGAUCCGAUGACUCCGCCCCCAUUGGGAUGCUGGCCUCGGACUAUUACAGGAAGCUGCUGCGGUACUACAGCAAAAACCACCACGGCGAGGUGGUGAAAUGCUACGAGCUGCUGACGGUCCACUUGGGCAUCAUCCCCACCGAGUUCAUCCUGCAGCACUGCAGACAGCUGGCGAGCAAGCUGUGGGAACCCUCUCGAAACCCGUUACUGUAGCAACAUGCACGCGCGUACGGACAGAACCACGGCGGACAAGCCACGUGCACGUCUUCCUCGUUCCCUGGAUGGCCUUACAUUUGAUUUUACGUGUGAUAUUUCCAAAACGUUGUCCUUUAAAGCAUAAAAAUGUGUAUUUCCCUGUGUCCACGUUUCUGCACUGAGCACGUUUGUCACUGGCACCUUGUGUAUGUCUCCUCUUCACCUUCGCACACCUGCUGAAUGUUUUAUCUUACGUCGUCACUUUUUACAUUGUAAUUUAUUGUUGAGUUGUUUCUUUGUGUCUCGUGUCCUCGUAUUUAUUAGCAGUGUAUUAGUUCUGGGAGCUGCGUGUGAAUCAAGAGCAAUUUUGUAGUAAUUGUGUCACUUUCUUCAGUCCACAGAACUCCCAUUCCACAGUCAUCCUGUUAUCUAUAUAUCUUAUCCAUUCCACAGUCAUCCUGUUAUCUAUAUAUCUUAUCCAUUCCAGUCAUCCUGUUAUCUAUAUAUCUUAUCCAUUCCACAGUCAUCCUGUUAUCUAUGUAUCUUAUCCAUUCCACAGUCAUCCUGUUAUCUAUAUAUCUUAUCCAUUCCACAGUCAUCCUGUUAUCUAUAUAUCUUAUCCAUUCCACAGUCAUGCUGUUAUCUAUAUAUCUUAUCCAUUCCACAGUCAUCCUGUUAUCUAUAUAUCUUAUCCAUUCCACAGUCAUCCUGCAGCUACUUAACAACAUUACAGCUACAGGUACCACCAUUACUGGUGUCGGUACUACUCCUGAGUCGACUGCAACACGUUUAUUUUGGCUGUGAGAGACAUAAAUCACCACUCUUUCAAUAUUUAUUUGCUUUUGGAAAAAUUUUUUUAGAGACGGUAAGGUGUCAAAUGCACAACUGUUUGUCGUAAACAUAAAAAUGAUGUUGAAUUUUUAUAAACCAGCUAACAUUGUGUUGUUUUACCAAACCAACCAACCACGGUCACUGAGAUGAUGAUAAAAAUAUUG